ACCGGUUACUGUCACCUCGCAACUUUCCCACCAGGCCUGAAGGACACUCCGAAUGAGCUCAGCGUGCGUGUCUUCCUCAUCAUGGUGUGGUUCAUGUCCCUCAUAAUCGACACCGUGUAUCAGGGACACAUCACCGCCUUCAUAGCUAUGCCUAGGUACACGCCCGCCAUCGACAACCACGAGGAGUUGGCGCAGAAUAACAGUGUCAUCCCAGUUACAGAGGAGUUUUCCACUACUCAGACGCUCAUAAUGGAGUCCCAGAGAGAAUCCUUCAUGGCUCUCGCUUCACGACUUGAACUGUACGACGCUUCCUUCCUGGACAGCGAAGAGUUCUAUCACGGGAUUUCCGUCGGGAAAUGGGCAUUUGUAGACUCGUACAGUUCGACGUACGGCCGCGCCCUCAACUUCGAGAACCGGAUAAGUCGAUGCAAGUUCUAUGUUUCCAGAGACAGUGUGACUGGGGGUCUGGAUGCCUGGCCCUUCCCGCGAAACUCACCAGUCCACAGCCAGAUAUCGAGAUCACUAAAGUGGCUUCGAUAUUAUGGUAUCCUUGAGAAAAUCAAGUCCCGCUACUACGUCUCGACGUGUGACCGCUCGAGAGGUGAUGGAGUCAAGAAGAUGGACAUCACUAUGAUGCAAAGUUCCUUCUACGUCGCUGGAAUCGGCUGGUCGUUGGCAGGGACCGUGUUUCUGCCGAAUUAA